AUUUUGAAUUUCGAUAGUAUUUUGGUCGAGAAAUUCGAUGGAGAUAAUCGAUUUUCACAAAAUCGUGAUCUUGACGGUCAAAUACGUCUUUGAAAAAUCGAUAUAUCGAUUUUUAAUUUGCGAUAGUUCGUGAAAACAACCAUAGUCAUGACUAUGGUUGUUUUCACCACCGAAUUUUCGUUGUUUACAUUGAUAAGAAAGCUUCACUCAGGUUACUCGUAUUGAAAAGUCUGGUUGUUGUUAAAAGUUGUGCUUUUUUUGGGAAAUGCGUUUUAUGUAAUUAUGGAUAACAGAGAUGCAGAUAACCCAAAUCCACCGCCACCAAUGAAACCUACAAAAAAACCGCAUGCGUAUACUCUCAUUCGAGAUAAAAAAGUAAAAGGUGAACCGCACUUGAUGCAUAAAAAAGACAUCGUAAUAUCUGCCGUAAAAAUGGGCCCAGACUGCAAGUGCAAACGAUAUCAAUGUUUUCAAACAGUGCCGGAGGAAAUAAUGGAAAGGAUCUUCAAUCAAUUUUACACCCAAUUUAAAACCAAAAAUGAACAAGAUAGCCACUUGACGGGGCUGAUUUCUAUGAGACCUGUUCAAAGCAGAAGGCCCAGAGUAACAGUAAUGAACGUUCCUGUAGUUAAUAAUGUAGACGAAAUUUUGGAGGCGGCUGAUGAUAACGCGGACGACACAGCUGAACAAAUGGGAGUAAAUCCUAAUGGCGCGUAUUUCGCAUACAAAUUGCGAUUCCAGGACAGAGAAUUUCCGGUGUGCUUAAAUGCGUUUCUAAGUGUCCAUGGUGUUACUAGGGGAAGAGUUCGGCGGCUUCAGAAUUUUUUAAUCGAGAAAGGCACUUCCCCCAUGGAUAAGAGGGGUAAGCACGGAAAUUACCCUCGCCAAAUGCCAAAAUCUGUUACCAAAUUAAUCCAUCAUCACAUCGCAUCAUUACGAAAGCGGCAGUCUCAUUAUAGCCAAAGGAGUAAUCCUAAGAGAUAUUACCUUCACGAAAACCUGAAAAGUAUUACGCAAUUACAUGAACUGUUUGUACAGCUGUAUCCAGAUAAAAAUGUCACCUAUGAUGCUUAUCGUAAUAUUUUCAACACGUACAAUAUUGGUUUUGCGUUACCACGUUCUGACACCUGCGGCACGUGCGAUAAAUUUGACCAUGAGAUGAAACUAGCGGGUGAUGUAGAAGCAGUACAAGUCGAUCUUCAAGCUAGAAAAAAAGCCCAUUUGGAGUUAGUGGAGAAUUUCAGAGUUAUCAAGCGAGGUUACGCAAAAUUAGCUCAGGAGAUCGAUUCUGAAGUUACAGUAUUGACGUUCGAUUUUAUGCAAAACUUGCCCAUACCCAAUAUUCAAACCAACGAUGUCUUUUACCGGAGCCAAGUGUGGGUUUACAACUUUGGGGUCCAUAACCUCGGUGAUAACAGUAGUUCGAUGUAUGUUUUCGAUGAAAACAACGGAGCUAAAGGAAGUAAUAACGUAACAUCAAUGUUAUUUCAUGCAAUUCGAGAUCUUCCAUACAGAGAAUUGAUUCUCAUGGCUGAUAAUUGUCCUGGACAAAAUAAGAAUCGAACUAUGGUACUCUUCCUAUACAUGAUCGUUCAUUUUUUUCACAUGGUGCCACAAGUCACGAUCAUUUUUCCGGUGAGAGGUCACACCUAUCUACCAAACGAUGCCGAUUUUGCUCUAAUUAAGAAAAAAUCUGAUUGUGAAACACCGAAUGAUUGGGCUGAAGUUAUUAAGAAUGCACGUAAGAAUCCGUCACCGUUUAAUGUUAUCAGGUUUGCCUGGGAUGAUUUUAUCAACUUUAAUGAGUCAUUACAGCCGUUUUUCCUUAAAACUUCGAGACCACCCAUGCAGAUAAAGUCUGCAAAAAUGAUUUGUAUUUCUAAAGAUAUACGCGAUGUUAAAGUACGAUAUGGAUAUAAUUCGAAGUGGAGUUUUAUUGCUGUCACCCAGAAGAAUGCAAAGAUACCAAAAGAAAUCAAUUUAGUUCCGCUGUAUGAUGGACCUCUGGGAUUUACUGCCGUUAAGAUAAAAAACAUGAAACAUCUCUAUCAGUUCACGAAGAAAGGAGCUUCGUCGGUGGAAUAUUAUCAGCAAUUCUUUGAUGCGAAUCCGACAGUUGAGGCUGAAGAAGAAGAAGAAGGGAACGAGGAAGAAGUAGAAGGGAAUGACGAAGAAGACGAGUUUGAAUUAGAAGAGAUUGAGAUUGAAUUAGACGACGAUGAUAAUAGUAGUGGUGCCGAAGAUUAAAGUCACUAUUCGUAUUGUUUUGUGCUAUUAUUACGUUCUUUUCUGUAAUGCACUGUUUAUUAAUUGAAAGAUCAUUUCUUUAUUUCAAAUACUCGAUAGUCGAUAUAUUGUUUACAAUGGUGAAAUAUUUUGUUUUGUAAUCAUUUCGCUUUUUUGAAUUUACUUUAUAAAAUAAAAAAUACCGAAAUUUGCGCCGGCAGUUUUUUCAGUGAGGAAAACAACCAUAGUCAAGAAUUUUGCGUAUGAAUGCGUGUUGAUAGAAUGUUCGAUGGUGAAAACAACCAUAGUCAGGCGGAUUUUUUUUAGAUUGUAAAAUUUAUCUAUUUAACUACUUUAAAUACAUUUUCCGAGUUCAUUUUCAGAUUCCUCAGCAUCAAAUCUACAAAUAAUGUAACUUACUACAUGCAGAAAAUCCACAAUUAUUUGUGAGGAUGUUUUUUCCUUCUCCUGUAAAAUUUACUUCAAGUGACUAUGGCAGUUUUCCCCAUCGACCCUUCAUUUAAUUAAUUUGUCUUCGACAUUUUUGCGUUUAAAUAUUUCGAAAUGGUGAACUUGAACAGUUUCGGUCGCUUAGAAAGCUCGUAAAGUUUACACUUUUGUAUUUGGCAUAUCCGAGUGCAAUCCGGGUAUCCGGAUACACUUUGGAUCCGGAUUAAUGAUUCGUUUGUAUCCGGAUGCAUCCGGAUAUUCGACAUCGCUAAAAAUUAAUAGAUACGGCCAUGUUUUGUAGUUUUGUUAUAUUUAUUUACAAGUGAAUUUGAAGUGAUAAUAAUUCACUUAAUUUUGAAAAUCAGAAUGAAGACUGAAAUACUUGAAGAAGAAUAAAGCUCGAUUCAGUUAUCUGGAUUUCAAAUAUCUACUAUCCCAAAAUGCCACGAAAAAGACGUAACUACUACUGUUGAAGCAACCGAUGAAGAGAUUCCUUCGUGCAGAAAAGAUCUCGAAACACCAACGCUAACAAAUCAGCCAAAAUAGAUGAUGAUGGUACAUUUAGUCAGAAAAAGUGCUGAAAUGUUAAGCUCGGAAAAUACUCGUCUACAUUAUUGGGUCACGUUGGCGUGUUGUACAGAUCGAGUAUUACCGGAGAGGUCAUGUCGAAGGUUUUAAAUUACUUCUCGAAAGAUUGACCAGAUUUCGAACGUGAUGAAAUGAGAGCUUUAGAUUUACUGGCGAAUUACUACGUACAAGAAGCAGAAAACUGAACUAUUCUCGAAAGCUGAUCAACUUUUCAAUGCGGCCGAUGUACGAUCAAGAGCAUCUUAUGGGUCGAGCGUAUUUAUCCAUGUUGGAAGGCAAAAAGAUAGAUCAGGCUGAUGUUCAGUUUAAUUUCAAUUUAAACCAGUCUCCUAAUAAUAUACCGGCGUUAUUAGGUAAAGCUGGCAUUUUUUUCAACAAGAAGUACAAAGGAGCGUUAUUAUAAACGAGUCAAAAAAAUCUGAAAUGUCCUGUGUCCUUGGUGUUGGCCUUGGGCAUUGUUUUCUGAAACUUGGUAGUACGAUUUACUCAUAUUUUCUAAUUAUUAUUUCAGAGAUAGAAAUGAAUUAUUUCUUGUAUUUUUUGUAGGUAAUCAAACGGGGCAUGAGAAUGAAAAUUUCUUUUCAGCACGUAGCACGUACAUGCAUUAAAUCUAAAAAAAUGAAAUUGAGAAUUGUUACCAAAUACCUAAAAUCAAUUUUAAUAAUCAGUGUUUCUUUUCAAUAAUAAAAAAACAUCAAAUUGUU